AUGGCUUCGCAGACUUCAGCUCCUGCUGAGCCUGCACCCAUGCCUUCUCCAGAAGCAAAGACCACUGAAGGAGCAUCCACCUAUGACCAAGCAGACAUGGAGACCAAGCACGCGGGGCCCCCAUGCCCCCCAAAGCAGAAGUCCUGGCUGGCUCGGCAUUUCUCCCUGCUGUUGCGGAGAGACCGACAGGCCCAGAAGGCCGGGCAGCUCUUCUCGGGGCUCCUGGCUCUCAAUGUGGUAUUCCUGGGUGGGGCUUUUAUCUGUAGCAUGAUAUUCAACAAGGUGUCUGUCACUCUGGGGGACGUGUGGAUCCUGCUGGCUGCACUGAAGGUCCUCUCCCUGUUGUGGCUCCUCUACUACACAGUGGGUACCACCCGGAAGCCCCACGCAGUCCUGUACCGUGAUCCUCAUGCGGGACCCAUCUGGGUGAGGGGCUCCCUGGUGCUCUUCGGCAGCUGUACCGUCUGCCUGAACAUAUUUCGAAUGGGCUAUGACGUGAGCCACAUUCACUGCAAGUCAGAAGUGGAACUCAUCUUUCCGGCCAUUGAGAUUGUCUUUAUGAUUAUUCAGUGCAGGACCUGCCUGAGACGCUGUCUUUUCCUGCCCUAUCUCUUCUCAGGUAACGGGACCAACACUUGCAUGUGCCUCAACACCACAGUGUGCGAGGUCUUCCGGAAGGGCUAUCUGAUGCUCUACCCCUUCAGCACUGAGUACUGCCUCAUCUGCUGUGCCGUGCUCUUUGUCAUGUGGAAGAACGUGAGCCGUAGCCUGGCAGCCCACACAGGUGCUCAUCCCAACAGAUCACCCUUCCACCUGCACGGUGCCAUCUUUGGGCCACUGCUGGGCCUUUUGGCACUGGUGGCUGGCGUAUGCGUCUUUGUGCUCUUCCAAAUCGAAGCGAGUGGCCCUGACAUAGCCCGCCAGUACUUCACCCUCUACUAUGCGUUCUAUGUGGCUGUGCUGCCCACCAUGAGCCUGGCGUGCCUGGCAGGUACAGCCAUCCAUGGGCUGGAGGAGCGCGAACUGGACACCCUCAAAAACCCCACACGCAGCCUGGAUGUGGUGCUGUUGAUGGGCGCUGCACUGGGCCAGAUGGGCAUCGCCUACUUCUCCAUCGUGGCUAUCGUGGCCACCCAGCCGCACGAGCUACUCAACCAGCUCAUCCUGGCCUACUCACUGCUGCUAAUCCUGCAGCACAUCACUCAGAAUCUCUUCAUCAUCGAGGGCCUGCACCGCCGCCCCCUCUGGGAGCCUGCGGUCUCAGGUGUGAUGGAGAAGCAGGAUGUUGAGCUACCCCGCAGAGGCUCCCUGCGGGAGCUGGGUCAGGACCUACGGAGAGCCUCAAGGGCCUACAUCCACUCUUUCAGCCACCUCAACUGGAAACGCAGGAUGCUCAAGGAGAUCUCUCUCUUCCUCAUCCUCUGCAACAUCACACUGUGGAUGAUGCCCGCCUUCGGCAUACACCCAGAGUUUGAGAACGGGCUGGAAAAGGAUUUUUACGGCUACAGGACCUGGUUCACCAUUGUUAACUUCGGCCUGCCCCUGGGUGUGUUCUACCGCAUGCACUCUGUCGGGGGGCUGGUGGAGGUCUACCUGGGGGCCUGAGUGCCCGAGGAACCCAGCCACAGCAGAACCCCGAAAGUGCCAAGGCAGAAAAAGAAACUCGGGAGUAUCUAGGCAGACAGAGGUGCAGAAACCUGCCUGGGGUUCCCAAAGUGACCUAUCCUCAACCUGACUGAGGAGGAGAGGAUACUGCCUGGAGCUCAAAACCAAGGGUGGGGCUUGGAAACUGAGCCUCUCGACAACAGUCCAAGGAUGUACCCCGGGUGGCUUGCCAAAGGCUGUGAGGGUCAGUUUGAAAUUGUGGCAUCUGGGGGCUGGAAGAGGCUGAGUCCUUCUGUGGGACAUCCUAGAAGCUCAGAACUCCAACUGAGAGCUCAAACCCCAGCACUCCAAGCUUGGCAGGCAGCCCUGCCCAUCUCCUAAUGAGCUCAUUCAUUAGCUGCCAGGCAGGGCCCAACAGCUCUUUCCGGCUUUCAUAAACUCUGUUUGUUUGAUC